UUCUCCCCUCCAAUCCCCACCCAUUCCUCUAACCCCUUCCCACACCACCGAAAUACCCCAACUCCACUCCAAAAUCCACACUCUCACCACCCAAAUCACCACUCUCAACUCAAAAAUCCUCUCCCUCACCUCUCUUCUCAACCACCACAAAAUCCCUCACCCGUACAGAAUUCCACUCAGUCGUAUCCUCUCCUGCCCCCUACUCAAAAUCCGCAGUUCCUCAUCUUCCUCAAGCCAGGUUUGGCCAAGCCAAACCUGGCUUGAGGAAUGAGUGAGGUUGAGCUGAGUGGAAGAGGGGUUACGGAAGAAUUUUAGUAGGGAAUUUGGGAGGAAUAGGGACUGUACUUACAAGGAAGUUAAGAACAGAAACACCAGUGGGGACUGUGGAGAUAAAGAGUGAGGUGAUUAGUAAGGAAGAGUUAUGUGGAGGAAAGAGGAUAGAUAAGGUAGGAGAAUGUUAGAGAAAAGAAGAAUUUGAGGAAGAAGGAGGAUGAUGUGAUACUGGAGUAUUUGAAUGAAUUGAAAAUCAUGUGAAAUGGAUCGAUGAUAUGGAAGGGCAGGAUUGGAAUCAUAACAACAAAAUUGAAAGAAAGCCAACUGGCACUAAGUCCAAGUUUAAGCGCAUUACAGACAAGCUCAUCAAAGCUAAUUGCUUCCUACAGUUAGCAAAGAAUAGUACUGCCACUAUUACUGAAACUGAUACCACGCCAACUAAAGAAGUUACCAAAAGACUGUUUAUUUUGGAAAGAAUAGACACAUUAAACUACUAAGAUCAAAAAUCAAUCAAGAAGUCCACGGUUAAAGGAGUGCUUGUUAAGAAGUACACUGAAGCUGGAGAUUUGGUACUGGAUGGAGGAGAGAGUUUGAUACCCUCCGAUAAGAUUGUAUCAGAAGUUACAGCAUGGUUUGAUCAGGAGAUUUCGGAGGAUUAGGUAUGAGAGAGAAAGGUUUAGAGAAUGGGAGUUGGGGGUUGGGAUGACUAAGCCAACAAGCUUUA